AUGACUAUCCGCCUCCCACGUAACGAAAUCUACCGUAUCCAAACCAAUGAGAACUCCUUUGAACUGUUCUCAGAAUAUGAUGGUGCCAAAGGACGAUACGAAAACUCGACGGAAACAACAACUGACACUUUUGAUCUACCGUUUUCGAAGGAGAAAAUUGAAGGGAUGAUGGCCGUGGCAAAUGAUGGACGAGUAUUCUUCAAUAUGUCUACGGAGCAGAAAAUGAACGUGUUCAGAAUGUCGAGAUACUGCAUUUUCUCGCAUCUCAACAAGGAUUUGCUGAAAAUGAUUGUUCUGACAGCCGAGGAAAAAGACAACGAAUCAAUUUUGGAACUACUGACAAAGGACUUUGAAGAAGUGUGCAAGCUAAUUUUAAGAUAUCGGUCGGAUCUGUUCUUUUUCCAAACUUUUUAA